CUGUGAUAACCAGCGUCGCCAAGAUGUUCUGUACGCUACUUGGAUGGCUUGGACUGUACGUCGGUGCUAUUUGGGUGUACGAAAAUCUUCGCGCUCCCGUACUGCUGGUACUGGGAUGCCUUAAGCAACUUAUCUUCCGGCAGAAACUCUCCAAACGAUACGGGAAAUGGGCCGUCAUCACCGGUGCGUCGGAUGGCAUUGGCAAGGGUUACGCACAUUAUCUCGCCCGCCAAGGCAUGGCAAUCGUGCUGGUAGCACGGAACGAAGCCAAGCUGACUAAGGUGGCCGCCGAAAUUAAAGCGAAGCACGGUGUGGAAACGAAAAUCGUUGUAGCCGAUUUCUCGAAGGGUGCCGAGAUCUAUCCACAUCUCGAAAAGGCACUCGUUCCGCUCGAUAUUGGCAUCCUAGUAAACAACGUUGGCGUAUCGCACGAUACACCCAAGUACGUGGACGAAGUAUCACCGUCCGUGGUUUGGGACCUGAUCAACGUGAACGUGGCCGCUGCAACACUGCUGUGUCAGAUGCUGGUACCGGCGAUGAAACAACGUAAGCGUGGCCUCAUCGUGAACGUGUCCUCGAUUGCCUCGGUAUCGCCAUCGCCUUGUCUCUCCAUUUAUGCCGCGACGAAAGCAUACAUGACUAGCUUCUCGGUAGCACUUCGGGAUGAGCUGAGUCCGUUCGGUGUUGAGGUACAAACCGUGCGACCAUCCUUUGUCCACACCAACAUGACAGACUUCCUGGUGAAGGACAUGAAGGAUCCACGCAUGCGAAAGUAUUUAGUCGACGUUGAUGGCUUCAUGGCGUACGCGGGAUGUACGAUCGGGAAGGUUGAUAUGACCUCGGGCCACUGGUCACACGGAUUGCAGACUGCCGUCCUUUAUCUGCUGCCGGAGGUGGUGCGUGUGUUCAUCCUGGGACUAAUCAACAAGAAGGUGCGCGACGAUUUUUAUGCUAAAACCAAGAAAAAAAUGCGAUAA